AGGCCUAGGUUUUGGCCAUGGAGGUGUCUCCAUCCAGUGAGCCCGAGCUGGACGCUAAAUCCGAGGUCACCAACCAGCUUAUAGAUUUUCAGUGGAAACUGGGCAUGGCUGUGAGCUCAGACAGCUGCAGAUCUCUUAAGUAUCCUUAUGUGGCAGUGAAGCUAACAGUGGCAGAUCAUUUUGGCCAAGUGAAGACAAAGUCUUUUGAAAUGACAAUUCCACAGUUUCAGAAUUUCUACAGACAGUUCAAGGAAAUUGCUGCUGUAAUUGAAACUGUAUGAAAACCAGUUAUUUGGUUGAUACUUUCCAAUUAUUCUAAAAUAAUGCAUACCACCACCUGAAAAAAGAAUUGCAUAAGGAUCAAAUGAGA